GUUACGGCCGCCAUUUUUUUUGUUACUACUACAAUUGAAGUCGACUAGGCCGUGUUGCUGAGAGAAAAUUCACAUUUUCACAUUGAUAAACUAUAGAAAUUGUCAAAAUAAAUAUAGCGUUUGACCUAAAAAAAACGAGCCCUUCUCUUUGUGCAUUGGUCCCCAAUAAGUUUGCAUUGCGUUUUUAUGGUUUGCCAUUGAUUUCCUGGAAACUGGCUGGGACUCGGCUAGCUGGUCAUGGGACUGCCCAAAUGAGGGAAACAAGUGUUUUAAGAGGCUGGCAAAAGCUUUUCAACUGAUUUCAACGAGAGAUCAGUGCAGCAGAAAAAUAAAAAACCAACAAACAAAUAACAAAACACAAUAAGAAAAAAAAAGAGAAACUAUAAAAAAUAAACUGCCAAAAAAACAGUCUUGAAUCAAGAUGAGUGUCAUUAUUCGUUUGCAAAACCUGCCGUGGACGGCAAAUGCCCGAGACAUACGAAAUUUCUUCACGGGCCUCUCGAUACCGGAGGGCGGUGUUCACAUAAUCGGUGGCGAAAUGGGCGACGCAUUCAUCGCUUUCAGCACCGACGAGGAUGCACGCUGCGCCAUGCUCAAGGAUCGCGAGAAACUGAUGGAGGUACAGGUGCGUUUGCUGCUCUCCUCGCGCGCCGAAAUGCAAAAGGUCAUCGAGACGGCGCGCAAAGUGAGCGUUGCUGCUGCUGCUUCCGCUGCCGCCGUUGCCGUUGCCGCUGCCACGCCCACAUCAAAGUCAGGGGCGGCGGCGUCGGCGUCGGCGGUAUCAAUGCCGCCAGUGCCACAGCCGCCAAUUAUUGGCGGCCUGAACAGUUUUCUGCUUGGCCAGCAACAGCUCAAGCAGCAGCAGCAGCAGCUGACUCCGGCCGUGGCAGCGGCGGCGGCAGCGCUGGGAACUGUGGCCACGCCCUCAUUUUUGGCAUACCAGCAGCAGGCUGGCAUUUCACUGGCCGAUGUGGGCGGCCUCAAAGCUGAGAAGCCAUCGUCGGAGCUGGCUCUAUUUGGCGCACGACGCCGGCACAGCCGCAGUCGUAGUCGCAGCCGCUCCAGCAGCUCCGAUGACAGCGAUCGCAGUCACGAUCGUGCGACACGCGAUCGUGGACGCAAGCGUCGCUCCGAGCUGCGCGGCGACAGCAGCGAGCGUGAGCUCAAGAUGCUGCCAAAGCCACAAGCGAUGCCCAUCGGUGCCGUGUCCAAUCUGCUGCCCUGGGCACUGGGCGCCAGCGCUCCGCCAGCAGCAGCACCAGCUGCUGCUGCUCUUGCUCCGCCCGCAGUCAAUUUGCCCGGCCUAAGCGCUAUGCCGGGCCUGCCGAAUAUGCCCGGCCUGCAGCAGCAAAUGGGCAUUAUGAGCGUGCUGCCGCCCGUGCUGCAGAGCUAUAGCACCACCAGCAAUGUCACCACCAACAACUACAAUCUCAAUCUGGCAGCUGCUCCACAGCAGCAGCAGCAACAACAACAGCAACAGCUCGCCAUGAUGGCUGAUCUGGGGCAGCCCAAGAAUCAGGUUGCGGCUGCGGCCCAGCAACAGUCGGAGCCAAUUGCCUUUGCCAAUGUCAAUCCGUAUGCCCAAAUGUAUCCGCAGCUGUUCCAGCAGCAACAGCAGCUCCUGCUGCAGCAGCAGACAGCCAAAACUGCGCCAGGCAUGGCCAACUCACCCGGCUCACACGCUGCGGCAGCUGCUGGCGGCGGUUCGGGUGGUGUUGGCGGCAACAACAGUGGCGGCGGCGGCGUCAGUGGUGCGGCCGGCAGCUUGUCCGCUCCGAUAGCCAUUGCGGAGACGUGCUACAUCAAGAUAAGCGGCAUGUGCCCCAGCACAUCGUACAGUGAUCUGCGCAAAUACUUUGCCGGCCUCUAUAUACCGCACAAUGGCAUCAAGAUCGUGAACGGAGCGAAUGGCACACGGACGGGCAUUGCCUAUGUUGAGUUCUCGCGCGUGUCCAGCGCUCAGAAGGCGCUGCUGCGCAACAAUACCAUGUUCCGGGAUCGGCUAGUACAAAUUGUGCCCAUUAGCGAUGAGGAGUUCGAGCAGGCCGAUGAGCGUGCCCAGCGCCACAGCGGCGGCGGCGGCGGAGGAGGUGCCAGUCGAGGCGAUGAACGUGCUUCGUCAGUCGCUGCUGCAGUGCAGCAAACCAAUGUGCUGUACGUGGAGGAUUUGCCGCAGCUGACCACCGAGCAGGAUAUUAUGAAAAUGUUCUCUGCCACGUGCACCAUUGUCGACAUCCUGUUGGCGCCCAGUCCCAACAAUCGUCGGGAAUUCGUUGCCUUUGUGCUGUUCGCGCGCGAGAACGAGGCACGCUCCGCGCUGGAGGAUGCCUCGCGGCAUUACAUUGGCUUUCGCAAGCUGCGCGUGCGCGCCAGUAGCCAGGCAGAGAUGCUGAAUGCCAGGGAAAAGAUGCGGCGCGCCAGCGAGCAGUUGCAAAAGGAGGAGCAGCAGCAGCGCGAAGACGCUGAACGCGAGCAGGUGAGCAAACAACUACAGCUACAGCAGCAGCAGUUGCAGCUGCAACUCCAACAACAACAACAACUCCAACAACAACAACAACAGCUACAACAGCAACAAGUACCACCACAGGAGCUUCUAAUGGCCAUGGCCAAAUUCAACAAUGAUCCACGUCGACGCAGUCAUGAGCCGCAGCAGCAGCAGCAGCAACAACAACCAAAUGCUCACACACACAACAACAACAACAGCAACAGCCAUAACAAUUUGCAACCGUUUGCCAACACUGCCAUGCAUAACGGUAACAUGCCCUUUGCUUUUCAGCAGCAAAAUAACGGUCCCAACAACAGCAACGGCAUGAAUAUGAUGAACAACAGCAACAUGGGACCAUUCGGUGGCGGCAUGCCACCCAACAAUCAACAGAUGCAACAGCAACAACAACAACAGCAGCAGCUGCAGGGACAUCCACGGCGUCAGGAGGACGUGUUUGUGCGCGUUCACAACUGCGAGUAUGCGACUCGAAUCAACGAUCUGGGCGAGCUCUUUGUCUCGGAGAAUCUGCGCAUUGAGCACAUUGAGAUGCUGUUCAAUGAGCGCAAUCAGAGCGCCGGCGAGUUUAUUGUGGAAUUUGCCGAUCCACUCAAUGCCAAAAUUGCCAUCCGAGAGUUUCACAAUCGUCGUUUUCGCGGGCGUGGCCUGCGCUUGACCACAAUUACGCCGCAAGAGAUUGCCGAUCGCAUGAACAAACCGUUUAUGGACUAUUUGCCCGGCGGCAAUGGGCCGCGACAGGUGGACGCAGGCGAUGCCUUGUCAUCGCCCAUACAGCAGCAGCAACCGCAACAGCAGCAGCAGCAACAACAAUCAUCGCGACGUCGCGGUGCAAGUCGCUUUGAUGAUGCCAGCAAUCGUGGCGGCAACGGUGGCGGCGGCAAUCAAUCGCAGCUGGAUAGCGACGAUAGCAGCAAUUCCAAGCAGCACUUUAAUCCAUUUGCCAAGCGUGCUGGCCCAGAGCUGGGUCUCGAUGAGCUGGGUGGCAGUUCGCCCAUGCUGAGCUCAAGCAUUAAGGCAACCAGCAAGAAUGGGGGCGGCAGCGAUGGUGUCCCGGAAGAUGAUGGCAUACCCGACAAGUUCAAUCGCGCCGGCUGCGUGGUGGCCAUGCGCAACGUACCCUUCAAGGCGGACCUGAAGGACAUACUGCGUUUCUUUAACGAUUACAAGCUCAGCCCAGAUGAUAUAAUACGUCGUUUCAAUGAUGACGGCAAGCCCACGGGCGAUGCGCGCGUCGCCUUUGAAUCACCCUCGGAGGCGCGCUCCGCCUUUGAGUCGAAACGGCGCAAGCAAAUCUUCAAUCGCACUGUCUAUCUAGAUAUUAUUUAAGCCUGGGUUCGAGAACUAAAAUCGAAUAAUAAAUGUAAAUAUAUAUUGUUAGGUUAGGUUAGACACCAUGGCAAACAGGGUGAUAAGCCAAAAUGCAGAUGGCACUAUUGUCAAAUGCCACCAAAGCUGUUAAAUAUCAUUAUUAUUAAACGUUGUACAUUAAAGCUUCAAUAAAUUACUAUACAUAACUGUA